AAAAAAAUUAGAAAAACUUAGCGAACCUAGUGCAACAAGAUCUAAGUUUAGUUCAAUUUUUGAAAGUUAAAAUCUAUUAAUUAAAAAAGAAAAUAUAUUAAAUUUAUCCACAAUUACUUCUUUAAAAGGGGAAUCCCCGCAAUAUUUUAUCAAGUGAAACAUAGGGGAAAUCUAGCGGUUUCGUUGAGCGAGUAAAGAUCUUAAAGGAUCGUAGUGAUUGUAAAUAAGUGAAAAUUUUUUGAAUCUUUAAAAGAGACCAAAAAAACGAGAUGUUUUUUUAUUUAAUUUAAUUAAACAAAAUUUCUGAGAAAAUAAAACUAUAUAAAUGUUUUGUGAUAAAGAGAAUAAGAAUAUAAUUUAUUAUUAUAAUAAUAAAAGUGCCAUUGGUACUAGUGUCUGGUGGUGUAGUUGGCGUUAGAAAUUACAAUUCUAUUUACUUAUUGAGUAGUUUUUGUUGAAAAUCUACUAGAUUAAGAGAUAAAAACGUUUUAGUGAUCAAAGUGAUAGUAAACAUUUCGCCACUGAUUGUAAUAGAUCUUGCGCUCGUGUUCUCUAAACAUAUAUACUCUUAAAUGGCGGCAUUAGAAAAAGAAUCAGAGUCGGACACUAUGUACGACGACAUAUUGCCCACCAAAAUUAAUCCCCGCCAAAAAGCAAAUAUAUUCUCACAACUUAUAUUUGCCUGGAUUAUACCCCUGCUAUAUAAAGGAUCUAAGCAGGGGCUCAGAGAAGAAGAUCUGCCAAAAUGUUUGCCUGAUGAUGAGAGUAAAGUAUUGGGUGAUAAAUUGGAAAGACACUGGCGCCAAGAAUUACUGACUCACGAAAUGUCAGGCCGUAAACCUAGCUUAAGACGUGCUCUCUGGAAAACCAUUUGGCCUUCGGCGGUGAUUGAUGGUUCUAUAUGUCUCUUCUAUAUAAUGUUAAAAUCUUUAAUACCUCUAUCACUGGCUCAAUUACUUAUAGAAUUGCAAAAUACACAAACUAGCCUAGACUCCCUUAAUCACUUGAGUACUACAGAUGAUCUCAAUAAAACCAUACAAGAUGAUAAUAAAAGUAAUCUCAAAAUAAGUAAUCAAAAUACUCAGUUAAUUGAUGCUCAAGAGAGUGAAAAUUGGUUUUGGUUUUGGCAUGAUAUUUAUGUGUUGGGUGCGAUAUUGGUGGGCUCUACCUUUAUAGGUUGUUUUAUUAAUCAUCAUGUGGAUCAGAGACAAAAGCGCAUGGGAGCCAAAAUGAGAAUUGCCUGUUGUUCUCUUAUACUGAGAAAGUCCACUAAAUUAUCUUUGAAAACUGCCGGUGAUAUUUCAGUGGGUCAUAUAGUCAAUCUUAUAUCCAACGAUGUUAAUCGUUUGGAUAUUGGUUUUGUUUUUGCCCAUUAUCUCUGGAUACUGCCCAUUCAAACUGUAUUGAUUGUCUAUCUCAUUUGGUUGCGUUUGGGUUAUGCCGCCAUAAUCGGCGUUGUAGCCCUGCUCUUACAAACUAUACCGGUACAAAUCUAUUUAAGCACUUGGACCGCCAAAUUGCGUAAUAGUACUGCCAAUCGUACCGAUGCCCGAAUUGGUAUAAUGAACGAACUUAUACGCGGCAUACAAGUCAUUAAAAUGUACGCCUGGGAAAUCUGUUUUCAAAAGGUGGUCAAAGAAUCUAGGCGCCUGGAAAUACGUGAAACUCGUAAAGCUGCCUAUAUGAAAAGUUUUUACUUGAGCAGCAUGAUUUUACCCGAACGUUUGACAUUGUUUAUUACCAUUGUAGCGGCUGUUCAAAUAGGCACGAUUAUCUCAGCCGAUGCCAUAUUUUCUAUAGCCAAUCUUUAUCAUGUUUUUCAACUUGUGGCGGGCAUAUUUUGUCCUAUGGCUAUAUCGUUUGCCUCGGAAGCUUUUGUUUCGAUAGCGCGUGUGGAGGAAUUUUUGAAAAAGCCUGAAAUAGAAAGUAUUCCGAGACGUUUGCCACACUCCAAUAAUGCAGUUGAAAUUGAAAAUGUUACCGCUUCCUGGGAUGCCAGCAAGCCAACGCUCAGAAAUAUUAGUUUGGUAGUGCCCAAGGGAAAAUUGUGUGUUAUAGCAGGACCCGUAGGAUCAGGAAAGAGCUCCCUGCUACAACUAAUUUUGGGUGAACUUAAUGCCGAUCAGGGUUCUAUUAAAGUUGAGGAUGACAUUUCCUAUGCCUCUCAAGAACCUUGGCUGUUUAGUGGAACCAUCAAGAAAAAUAUUCUAUUCACAGCACCAUAUAAAGAAAACCAUUACAAAGAAGUCGUCGAAAAAUGUUCACUUAUACCAGAUUUCGGACAAUUACACUAUAAAGAUAAUACCCUAGUGGGGGAGCGGGGAGCAGCAUUGUCGGGCGGCCAGAAAGCUCGUAUUAAUUUGGCACGUGCUGUUUAUAAUCAAUCAUCCACCUAUCUUUUUGAUGAUCCCUUAAGUGCGGUAGAUGCCAAUGUAGGUCGUAAUCUAUAUGAACAGGUGAUAGGACCAAGAGGUCUAUUACAAGACAAAACUAGAAUAUUGGUUACCCAUCAAACACAAUAUAUAACCGAGGAAGCUGAUCUAAUAGUUUGGGUCGAAGAGGGCGGUAUUAGAAGCGGCAAUUUUGCAGACAUGCAUGAAAUUAUAGCAUCACAAGUAUUAAGGGAUGACAAGAAAAUUGAAAAUGAAAUGCAGAAACAGAUGGCAAAUGGAGAAGCAAAAGUGGAACGUGAAGAGGAGGAACCUAAAGAAUCGGAUGCUUUGCUAAAUGGCAAGUUAAAUGAUAAGGAACUGGCAAAUGAUAAAGAACAAGUAGUAUCCGAAGAUCAGGGUAAUGGCUGUGUUAAGGCCAGUGUUUGGUGGGCUUAUUUUCAUGCUGGCAAUAGUGUUUGUGGUCUGAUAUUUAUAACAUUUGUUUUAAUCAUUUCUCAAGCCGUCUGCAGUGGUGCCGAUUAUUUUGUUAAUAUUUAUACAAAAAUUGUUUUCAUGGAUAGUCAUAAUCAGGAUGCUUUAAUAUCGGAGGAAUUGUGCUUGAUCAUUUAUAGUAUACUCAUAGUGGCAGCUAUAUUUAUGAUCAUUUUUCGCUGUUAUUUGUUUUUGAAAACCUGCAUGCAUGCCUCCAAAGUCCUGCACGAUCGCAUGUUUGGUUGUAUACUAAAGGCCACCAUGCGGUUCUUCGAUACUAAUCCCUCGGGCCGCAUUUUAAAUCGUUUCUCUAAGGAUAUGGGUGCCAUUGAUGAAAGUUUACCACGUUUUAUGUCUGAAUUUACUCAUUUGGCAUUGGUGAUGUUGGGUGUUUUGGUAGUGAUCUGCAUUGUUAAUCCUUUACUUUUGGUGGCAGUGGUUGCAGUGGGUCUGGUGGAUUUUGUGAUUAUUAAGUUGUAUUUGCGUUCUUCGCAGGAUCUUAAACGUUUGGAAGGAAUACGUCGCAGUCCUGUCUUUUCGCAUGUCUCAGCCACUUUAAGUGGUUUGUCCACGAUACGUUCCCGCAAACGUCAAAAUAAUAUGAUUGCCGAAUUCGACAAUCUACAGGACAUACACAGCGCUGCCUAUCAUCUAACAUUGACAUCAAACACUGCCUUGGGUCUGUGGCUGGACUGUGCCAAUGUCUCUAUACUACUCAAUUCGGUAACAUUUUCCUUUAUACUACUCAAUGAUAAUGGUACCUAUAGCGGUAAUGUUGGUCUGGCUAUUACCCAAGCUAUGAUGCUAACGGGUAUGGUUCAAUAUGGUUUGCGUCAACUAGGCGAAGCCUUUCAACAAAUGACCAGUGUGGAACGUAUUUUGGAAUAUACGAAAUUGCAACAGGAAAAAACAAGUGGACAAAAACCUGCCGAAAAAUGGCCCAAUGCCGGAGUUAUCAAAUAUAAUGAAGUGAAUGUACGUUACCAUGAGAAUGGUCAAUUGGUGUUGAAAGAUCUUAAUUUUGCCAUAGAUUCUGGUUGGAAAAUUGGUAUAGUGGGUCGUACGGGAGCGGGUAAAACUUCAUUGAUAUCCUCACUAUUCCGUUUAUCGGAUUGCAUUACGGGUAGCAUUAUCAUAGAUGGUCGGGAUACAAGUGAUGUUGACUUAACCAUGUUACGUUCUAGUCUUUCGAUUAUACCACAGGAACCGGUACUCUUUAAGGGUACUAUACGUUAUAAUCUGGAUCCAUUUAAUAAAUACAAAGAUAAUGAAAUGUGGGAGGCUUUGAGAAAUGUUCAAUUGGGUCGUGAUUUGCCUUUGGAUUUUGAGGUUACUGAAUAUGGCAGUAAUCUUAGUAUUGGUCAACGGCAAUUGAUCUGUUUGGCAAGAGCUUUAUUGGGUCAUAACUCUAUUUUGGUUAUGGAUGAGGCCACCGCAAAUGUUGAUCAAAACACCGACCAACAAAUCCAACAAACUAUACAACAGAAUUUCGCCCAUUGUACUGUAAUUACUGUGGCCCAUCGCUUAAAAACCGUUAUGAAAUCAGAUCGUAUAAUGGUUUUAGAUAAUGGCGAGCUGAAAGAAUUCGGUAUACCCCAUAUAUUGCUGCAAAAACCUAAUGGUUAUCUACAACAAAUGGUAAAAGCUACGGGGGAGGAGGCCAAUAACCUAAUAGAAAUGGCCAAGGAAUGCUAUAAUGGAGAGUAAAGUUUUUAAGUUUAAGGUAAUAAGUGUGAGGAGAAAUUUUUGAAUUCGUUGAACUAUUGUUGUAUUAAUUUAUGUGUAAACAUUAUAUAAAGAAAAAAAUCUGUAAUAAUUCUUAAAAAAAAACGUUUUUUAAUAAAUAUUUCUUUUAAAUAA